GGAGGAGGUGUUCCUGGCUGCCAUCUUUGAAGCGAGAAGUGAUUGUUUGGCGAAUAGAAAUAAUAGGAAAUAAAAAUAGAGCGUGAAAAGUUGGGGCAUUGUGGUGGGACUGAAGGGGUUAUUAAAAGGAAGAGCGAAACUCAGGAAAAUCAGAAGAAGGCAUGAAGACAACAUCAUAGUCAAGAAGUCAUGGCUGAUAAAAGAAAACUUCAAGGUGAAAUAGACAGAUGUUUGAAAAAAGUUGCAGAAGGGGUAGAGCAGUUUGAGGACAUUUGGAAAAAGCUCUAUAAUGCAGCCAACGCCAACCAAAAAGAGAAAUAUGAAUCUGACCUCAAGAAAGAGAUUAAAAAAUUACAGCGUCUUCGUGACCAGAUUAAGACAUGGGUCGCCUCCAGUGAGAUCAAAGACAAAAGACAGCUAGUAGAGAAUCGCAAACUCAUUGAGACGCAAAUGGAGCGAUUUAAGAUUGUGGAACGGGAGACCAAAACAAAAGCGUACUCUAAAGAAGGACUCGGCCUCGCUCAGAAAGUCGAUCCUGCACAGAAAGAGAAAGAAGAGGUCGGCCAGUGGCUAGCGAACACGAUAGACACGUUAAACAUGCAAGUGGACCAGUUUGAGAGCGAGGUUGAAUCGCUGUCUGUGCAGACCAAGAAGAAGAAAGGAGACAAAGAGAAGCAGGAUCGGAUUGAGGAACUGAAACGAAUGAUCGAGAGGCACCGGUAUCACAUCCUCAUGCUGGAAAGUAUUCUUAGAAUGCUGGAUAAUGACUCGAUACAGGUGGAUGCCAUCCGCAAGAUUAAAGAUGAUGUCGAGUACUACCUUGAUUCCUCUCAGGAUCCUGACUUUGAGGAGAAUGAGUUUAUCUAUGAUGACAUUGAUUUAGAGGACUUGCCCCAGCCAAUAGUUCCCACAUCACCAGGUCACACAGAGGAUGACAUCUUCCAGCACUCCAGUUCCACACCGACCUCCACAACGUCGUCAUCUCCCAUACCUCCCUCUCCAGCUACUUGCACUACGAAUUCGGAAGAUGAUAAGAAAAGAGGUCGUUCAACAGACAGUGAAAUCAGCCAGUCUCCUAUCAAGAAUGGAAAUCCAUCUUUAUCUCUGUCCUCCUCUUCCUCAUCGUCAUCGUCAUCAUCUUCAUCAUCAUCAUCAUCCUCGGGAGCCUCUUCAAACUCUUUGAUCUCCAUGGCGGCUUUCGCCAGCAGCAUAAGCUCGGCAUCAGGGAGCAGCAGCGUCUUAGGCAACAUGGGCGGCCCCCUCCAGAACUCUGGCAGCUAUAGUUCAGCAACCCAGCAACAAACACAGCAAUCACAACAACAGCACCAGCCCAAAAACUCAGUCUCCUCUCUCUCCAACGCCAACUCGGCCUCCUCCAGCAACAGUACCUUACUCCCAACAUCCACCUCCACAUCACCGCCCAACACCAGCACACCGGGCCCACUGACACCCAGCUCGCAGAGCCAACCUCCAUUGGGAACGGGCCUUUCCUCCAGUCUGGGCCUUGGGAAGGGGACGUCUGUGACUAGUGGCACAAACCAGAUGCCCAGUCUGGUUCUUUCAGGGAUGCCGGCAUCCUUGAACAGCAUGACUGGGUUUUUGAGUGGAUCCACCCCUGCGCCUUAUGCACAAGCGGCCGCUGCAGGUUGUGUGGGCAGCGGGCUGUCAGCGUCGAUUGGAACGAAUAUUAGCAGUACUAACUCCAGUGGAGUCGUAACCUCAGUGGGGACUAACGGAAGUCUAGGCUCCACAGGCCUCUUGGGCUCAGGGCCUGGUGUUCUGGGUCUUGGGUUUACACAGUCCGCUGUGGAGCCAUUACCUUUGGUGGCUCCCAGCUCUGUGGGAGGCGCACUGACCUCAGGGAGCAACGUGGGAGUUAUCGGAAGCAAUGGAGGAAACUCUGGGACAGGAAACGCAGCAGGAAAUGCUGUGCUACCACGGCCACCUAGUGGGCUGAAACAAAACUGCGGAACGAGUUAUAGUGCUGUGGUAGCAGACAGCAUGUCAGACUCCGCCCUCAACAGUGCCAGCCAAUCACAGAAUAGCCAAUCCUCAUCCUUAAAUUCCUCAACGAAUCAGCCUAAGGAGAGUGGGUCCAGCCUUCUGGGGUCGAUGACACUGCCGCCCAGCUCGCCCUCACCGUCAUACAGUGAGAGUAAAGCAAGCGGCGGCAGCCUGCUGAACGGCCCGCACUCAUACACACAGGCUGCUGACACCAUCAAGCCUCCGGAGCCUCCGAGCUCUUUAAAGUCAAUGGCAGAGAGGGUUGCCCAGGGCUCAGGGUUAGAAGGAGAGCUGUCUGCACUACAUAUCUCAAGUGAUAUAUUCCCCAGCUCCACGGCCCCUUCAGGCACUCCUGCAGCUCCUCAGUCUGCUCUGUCGGAGGUGAGCAUCCCCCCAUCAUUGGGAGUGUGUCCACUGGGCCCCGUCCCCUUCUCCAAAGAGCAACUCUACCAGCAAGCCAUGCAGGAGUCCGCCUGGACGCACAUGCCUCACCCGUCCGACUCGGAGAGGAUCAGGCAGUACCUGAUGAGGAACCCCUGCCCAACACUGCCUUUUCACCAGCAGAUGCCACCUCCUCACUCCGACACUGUGGAGUUCUACCAGAGACUGUCUACAGAGACCCUCUUCUUCAUCUUUUACUACUUAGAGGGUACAAAAGCGCAGUAUCUAGCAGCCAAGGCCUUGAAAAAACAAUCAUGGAGGUUCCACACUAAGUACAUGAUGUGGUUCCAGAGACACGAGGAGCCCAAGACCAUCACUGACGAGUUUGAGCAAGGGACAUAUAUUUACUUUGACUAUGAGAAAUGGGGCCAGAGAAAAAAGGAAGGAUUUACAUUUGAGUACAGGUACCUUGAAGACCGGGACCUCCAGUGACGGAUGGUCAACUAGAACGGAGGACUACUGUCGACAUUCCGGACUGAAUCAACACACAUGUACACUCUCUUUCAUUCAUCAGGGAGGAGACCCAGAUGCAUGUGCAAGACUGUUUUAUGUCUCGCUGGUGCAUAAUGCAUCUGGAGCCCCUCCCACUCCCCGCCCACCAGCCGCUCCCUUUGAGACUCCGCCCUCUCAUUCAAUCAAUAUUAACCCCAGUAAAUCACAGUUUUUUGAGAACUUUAUGGGGCAUUUUUGCACCAAAAAAAGAAGUUGCGUGUGAUCAAAUAAAACAUUCACCCUGUCAGCAAGAUUACAUAU